AUUGCGGUUAAUAAUUUUCACGGCCCAAAUUCGUUGGAGAUGUCGAGCUGCUCCACUUCACUCCCGUUUCCUUUCUCACUCUCUCUUUCCCCCGCUUCCCCUAGGGUUUCCUUGAUUCCAUUCCGGGAUCUUGGAACCCUCAACUCCCUAAAACCCCUUGCUAGUUUUUCGGAGGACGGGAGGAGGAGGAGAUCCUUCUCUUCUUCUCAGGCCGCUGUGCAUUCUCUUCUUCGCCCCUGUUGGAGGGUUCCGCUUCUGAGCGCUAUUCGACGCUCAGAAACCCUAGCAAGCCCGGCCGCGGCAGAAUCUCAAGUUACUGCAGCUCCUCCUUUGCAAAUUCCAGCUGCCGCAGAUGUCGUUAGAGCGUAUUAUGAUGCGUUCAAUCGCCGUGAUCUUGCAUCUUUGGAGCUACUGAUCGGCGACAACUGCGUCUAUGAGGAUCUGGUCUUCGCGAAGCCUUUUGUUGGACGCAAGGCUAUCCUUGAGUUCUUCAAGAGGUUUGGAGAGUUCACCAGCAGCGACCUUCGAUUUGUUAUUGAUGACAUAUCUAAUGAAGAUACAUCUGUUGGAGUUACAUGGCACUUGGAGUGGCAGAGCAGGCCUUUCCCAUUUAGCAAGGGAUGCAGCUUUUAUCGUACGGAAGUAUUGGAUGGCAAGAGACAGAUAGUCUAUGGACGAGACUGUGUGGAACCUGCAACAAAGCCUGGGGAGAUGACAUUGGUCAUUAUCAGGGGAGUGACUUGGAUACUGCAACAAUUUCCACGGCUGGCUGACCUAUUGUGAUGGAAGUCUCCUUUGCUGGUUUAUAUAAAUUUUGUAAUAUAUUGUUGAUCACAAAUGCUGAGACUGUGAUUUUAUAGCUAGGCUGUCUUCAAUAAAAUUUCAGUUAUCUAAACCUUCUCA